AUGUUUUUGAGGUAUGGCUUCUCCAAUCUUUUAUGCUCCUUAUGGUUCAUCUUGCGAAAAUCAUCAGAAACGGGUUUGACGACAGAAAUGGAUAAUGGUUUGAUUGAAAGUCCGGAAAUAAAAUGCAAUCCGGACACAAUUGAAUUAUCAUUCAAGACUAGACGAGAAUUUCGAGGUAAAGUGUUUGUAAAAGGUCACUAUAGCAAUCCAAAUUGUCGAGUGGAUUACGGCACUGCAGUAUUAGAUAACAAAAAUCCAGUAGGUAGCAUUACGUUAAGUCAUGGACAGUGCGAUAUGAAUCGGCAAAGAAUGAUCCAACCGGAAGGAAUGCAAUUUUCGACAAUCCUUGUUAUCAGUUUUCAUCCAUUAUUCAUAACGAAACUUGAUCGAGCAUUUCAUAUCAGAUGCAUGUACCGAGAGAUCGUACGAGCAGUUUCUUCUGGAAUCGAAGUGAGUGCGAUAGCAACACAAGCAGUGGAAUAUGAUUAUCCAUUCCCAAAUUGCAUCUAUACAAUUCGAAGAGAUGAAAUUGAUGGACCAAUAUUAAAGUAUGCAAGAGUUGGUGAACAAAUCGUUCAUCGAUGGGAAUGUUUGUCUGAUGUUUAUGGUUUGUUGGUGUAUAAUUGUUAUGUGGAAGAUGGACAAGGAGAAAAGCAAAUUAUCAUUGAUGAAAAUGGAUGUCAUACAGAUAGAGCAGUUUUGGGUGAUCCGACAUAUGUUGAAUCUCUCAAUAUGGCAUAUCGCGAAUCAUUAGUGUUCAAAUUUGCUGAUCGGGUAAUCGUUCGAUUCCAGUGCCAAAUUCGUUUAUGUAUCAAAGAUGCUGGUGGUUGUGUCGGUAUUACUCCACCGAUGUGUGUCGAUGAGAAAGAGCAAACGAACGAAUUAUUUCUAACAACAACGGGUGAAUCGAUAGUACAUCACACAACAAAAGUGAGAAAUGUCACUAAGGUUCAAUCAAAAAAGCGUCGAUUAAUGCGAUCACCUAUAUCUGAAAAAUCAAAGCUUAUGGUUGAUGCCGAUUUAAUAUCACAACCUGUUUAUGUGUUAGACGCUGAUGAUGAAGAUGAAGAUGGAAACAGUGAUCGGUUAAGGCAAGGAAUGCCAGAAGUGUGUAUAAGUAAUACAUUAUCCGCAAUACUCAUAUGUUUUAUGGCUAUUGCGUUUCUGGCUCUAACCGCAAGUGCUAUGUGGCUCAUGCAUAGGUGGCUCAGGUCAUCCGGAAGUGCUGUAAAUGAAUAUAACACGAAACAAUACACUAGUCAUAUAUGCGCAUUAAAUUUCUAA